CUGUCAUUAAUAUCGCCUGUUGCGCUCUCAUUUCAUUGUUCGUUUCCAGGCUUGCCCUCUCUUCUUUUAUACUCCAAUCCACCUAGCUAUCGGAAAACCGUACUUUGUUCUACGGAAUCCAUUGGGGCGCGAUCUACCUCGGUUGUGUCCAUCACAUUUGUCCACAAUGGCCGCCGACACCAAAUCCUCAGCUAAGUCGGAUGGGCACAAGACAAGGCCUGAGAACCCCAGCGAAGAGGCCUACAAGGCUGAUCUGGCUCGUGCGGAGAAUGAAUUGGCCGCUAUCCAGAAAAGAAUGGAAGAGGUGAAGGCCAAAAUCAACUCGGCCAAACCAAACAACCAAGAUUCCCCAACCGCUAAGAGGGCUCAAGAAUUACGAGCUGAACUUUCUUCAAUUCGUCAGCAACAGCAGGGUUUCAAAGCUUCUCGAAACAGUCUUCAGGAAAAAAUCAACGCACUUGAGGCUAGUAUCAAAUCCCGUGUUGCUGAACAAAAGGCGUCGCGUUCCCGUAUCUCCUUUAAAAAUGUUGAUGAAAUCGACAAGGAAAUCCAAAGGCUUGAAAAGCAGGUCGAUUCAGGCGUCAUGAAGUUGGUUGACGAAAAGAAAAACCUUGCUGAGAUUUCGAACCUCAGGAAGCAGCGAAAAGGCUUCUCUGGAUUUGAAGAGUCUCAAAAAUUCAUCGAUAACUUGAAGUCACAGCUUCAUGAAUUAAAGAAGUCCCUGGACAACCCGGAGGCCAAGGCUUUGAGUGAUAGAUACUCCGCGAUCCAACAAGAACUAGAUGCCAUGAAGGCUGAGCAAGACUCUGCUUUUAAGAACUUGAACGCUCUUCGGGACGAGCGCACCAAGAUUUAUGGCGAGCAGCAAAAGGCGUACAGUGCAGUCAGAGAAAUCAAAGAUAACUACUACAAAGCCCGCAGAGCAUAUAAGGAGUACGAAGACGAACUUUACCGCAUUCGUCGAGAACGCCAAAAGGCUGAACGAGAGUCAUAUGAGCGGGAGAAAAGGAAGAAGAUUGCUGAUAAAAAGCUAGAAGAAGCUUCCCGACCAGCCUACACGGAUGAGAUCCUAAUUGCCCAGGGCCUCAUCCGCCACUUCGAUCCCUCGUACGAUUUCUCUGCUCUUGGCCUGGAAAAAGACAAGAAGGGACAACUUAGUGGCUACCGUGCCGAAGUGGGACGCACUGUCGACGCAUCUGAUCUUAAGGGUGUCAAGAUCAUAAGGAAAGAUGAUCGAGAAGAAAAUUAUUUCAUGGGAGGCACUGGCGGAAAGAAGGGCAAGAAAGGCAAGAAGAAUUUGGCGGCGAGCUCUCCAUCUCCUGCUCAAUUCAAUCUUUCCUUUGGUGUUAUCGAAGAUUUGGCAAGCGUCAAAGCAGACCCCCCAAUGAGCCAGGCAGAUGUUCCGGCCCUUAUUACAAAACUAGCCGAGAAAAUCACUAACUGGAAGGCCCAGCAGGCCUCAAAGACUGCGGAGAACAUCAAGAAAGCCCAGGAAGAAAUCGACCGCCUCGAUGAGGAGGAUACAAGCGUAAAAGAGAAGCGAACGACAGAUACUGCACGCAAGCCUGCUCUCCAGAACGAAGGUGCCAAUGGAAAGGUGUCCGCAACUGCAGAGCUUAAGCAGGAAAAGGACGCGGUUGCCGAUGCAGCUGAAGAGCUUCAGAAAACGUCCUUGGAGGCUUAAGCGACGCAAACAUCAUACCUGGACCAGACCGUGGAACAGUCCCCGAUUCGAACUUAAUGGACACAGUUCGUCCUUGGAAUUUUCCUUCCAAUUCUUGGAUAUGUAUAUGUUCCGCCACUAGCCAUUUUUUUUUUCAACCCCCAAAAUAAUAAAAUUAGCUCGGUCUACUAUUUUGACGGUCUUCAUUUCAUGCAAAGGGAAAAAAUAGUAAGAUGGAAGUGAUGGAUUGUUGACUCUUUCCUGGUUUCGUCAUUAUUUUCUUUCUGACGAUCUCGAUACCUACGUUGAUAUAUUUCCCCGAAGGCUCUGUCUAUAUACACUUUAUAUAUGUAGAUAGAUUUUAUUUUCCUCAGCUUUCUUGACGUGAUCAAGGAGCCUACUUCUGUUUCCACUGAUCUAUCAUUUCUUUCCUUCUCCUCUCUUUAUUUAGCAUCUUGUAUUAUCUUUUUUUUCUAAUAUAAGCGUAUAUAUAAAAUUUUUAUCCAUUAUU